GGGUAAAAAUAUGGGCAAUGCGGCAUUGCAUUAGCAAAAGUACCAGAGACGUUCCUGUUUCCAAAAAGUUCUUGUUGCCAUAGGACGGUCUUCCAAGAGUGCGGAGAUGUCAGCGGACGAAGAUGACUACAUGUCAGCAAACUUCCUCGCUGAAAGCGAUGACUUGCGGCCCGGGCUGGUCCACAGCCGUUCCACUAAGCGGCGCUUCGAGGCCGAGAAGAAGCACUACGAAGCGAAUAAGAUGAGCCGCACAAAGUCCACAAAGCAGCUCAUGGAAGACACUCGUACUGAAGCACUCAACAAACCCUUGGGCGAAGAAAACAAGGGAUUCAACCUUCUCAAGAUGAUGGGCUUCAAGCCAGGCAUGGGGCUUGGCAAGGCCGCAUCUGCAGGCAGCUCGAUCAAGGAGCCGAUCCCCAUCGUGGUCCGGGCGAACCGCGGUGGUCUGGGCCAGGAAACCGAAGCCCGCGAACGAAUUGAGGCCAGGUUGAAGACGACGUCUGAGGCAGAGUGCAACCGGAUGGCAGAGGAGUUCAGGAGUGCCAAGCGUAGCAAGGCCCUCUUGCAGCAGGUCGAAGGUGACUUGCGAAAAAGUCAGCGAGCGUGCUACAAUCUGGACAAUGCUAAGGACAUCACAGAGCCUGAACAGCCGUGGUUCUGGCCACGCAGCACACAUCCGGGCAGCGCAGACGGCGAUGUCAGAAACGUGGUGUGCUUGGACGAAGACAUAGCCGACGGCGGCAUUGUUUCAUCGGACGAUGCGCUCGUGCCACACAAAAAGAGCGGUGAUGAGAGUGAAGAUGAAGAUGAAGAAGAGGCAGAGGAGGAGGAGGAGGAUGUGGAUCCGUCCGAGAGGCUGAAAGUUUUGACUGAGUAUCUCCGCCAACGUCACCACUACUGCAUAUGGUGUGUGAUUCGGUUCGAUGAUGAGGAAGACAUGGCAACAUGCUGUCCCGGGCCAACUAGGGCAGAUCAUGAUGAUGACUGAGCGUGUGAAAGAUCAUCGUUCACUGUACAUAGAUUUAUUAAAUAUUUUCCAUAUAUAUGUGGAUCACUGCA